AUGAUGUUUGCCUGCCAUAUCGUCAAAACUGCACAACUUAACAUGAUGUUUGCAUGCGAUAUUGUGAAGACUGCACACCUUAACAUGAUGUUUACAUGCGAUGUCGUCAAAACUGCACAACUUAACAUGAUGUUUGCAUGCGAUAUUGUGAAGACUGCACACCUUAACAUGAUGUUUGCCUGCCAUAUCGUCAAAACUGCACAACUUAACAUGAUGUUUGCAUGCGAUAUUUUGAAGACUGCACACCUUAACAUGAUGUUUACAUGCGAUGUCGUCAAAACUGCACACCUUAACAUGAUGUUUGCAUGCGAUAUUGUGAAGACUGCACACCUUAACAUGAUGUUUGCCUGCCAUAUCGUCAAAACUGCACAACUUAACAUGAUGUUUGCAUGCGAUAUUUUGAAGACUGCACACCUUAACAUGAUGUUUACAUGCGAUGUCGUCAAAACUACACACCUUAACAUGAUGUUAACAUGCGAUAUCGUAAUAACUGCACACCUUAACAUGAUGUUAACAUGCGAUAUCGUAAAAACUGCACACCUUAACAUAAUGUUUACAUGCGAUAUCGUAAAGACUGCAUACCUUAACAUGAUGUGUGCAUGCGAUAUCGUAAAGACUGCAUACCUUAACAUGAUGUUUGCAUGCGAUAUCGUCAAAACUGCAUACCUUAACAUGAUGUUUGCAUGCGAUAUCGUAAAGACUGCAUACCUUAACAUGAUGUUUACAUGCGAUAUCGUCAAAACUGCACAACUUAACAUGAUGUUUGCAUGCGAUAUUGUGAAGACUGCACACCUUAACAUGAUGUUUGCAUGCGAUAUCGUCAAAACUGCACACCUUAACAUGAUGUUUACAUGCGAUAUCGUCAAAACUGCACACCUUAACAUGAUGUUUGCCUGCCAUAUCGUCAAAACUGCACAACUUAACAUGAUGUUUGCAUGCGAUAUUGUGAAGACUGCACACCUUAACAUGAUGUUUGCAUGCUAUAUCGUCAAAACUGCAUACCUUAACAUGAUGUUUGCAUGCGAUAUCGUAAAGACUGCAUACCUUAACAUGAUGUUUACAUGCGAUAUCGUCAAAACUGCACACCUUAACAUGAUGUUUGCCUGCCAUAUCGUCAAAACUGCACAACUUAACAUGAUGUUUGCAUGCGAUAUCGUAAAGACUGCAUACCUUAACAUGAUGUUUACAUGCGAUAUCGUCAAAACUGCACAACUUAACAUGAUGUUUGCAUGCGAUAUCGUGAAGACUGCACACCUUAACAUGACGUUUGCAUGCGAUAUGGAUCUGCCUGCAACUAGCAACAUAGCGGACAGGUCAGUGGAUACCAGAGAAGAUGUUUACAAACAACAACAAACCUAUAUUGAGAAAGACUUGGCCACAUUUUUCGGAGAGGGUGCCAAGCAAGAAGACGUUUUAAAAGUAAACACAGGUGCGAGUGAAGAUAAUAUCUUAAAAGAGUUGAAUGCUUUCGACAUCCCUCUUGACGUAAAGCAGAAAAUGGCGAAGGAACGAAAAGAAUUACAAGAGCGCAUGAUUGCUCGAAGACGACAAGAAUACCAGCAGAAGAGAGAAGAAGUAGAAAAACAUCUAUUGCUAGCACAGCAGAAACAACAAGCACAACAGCUACGAAUGAAACAAUCACGUCCUCGAGAUGUGCGAAUUGCAGAACGUAAACAGCUGCAACAAAUGAACAAACUAUUGUCACAUGAAAGGAAUAAAGAACCUAUUAAAACAUCACACUAUCAACAGAAUGACCCGGCAUCAUCAAUCCGUGUUCCUUACAAGACAGACCGAUAUUUAUUUCCAAUUCAUUUUUAUGCUGGUGGUCCUAAUUACCAAUAUAACGACUUUAGGAUAGCUCUAUCAUAUGCCAUACACCAGAAACGAUCCAUUGUUGCAGUCAGUUUUGCUGUUCACUUCACACAAGACGAAGAAGGAGGAGCAACAAAAUCAUUUUCAGAAACGUUUGACGAAACAGAGAUGAAGAAAAUAAUGCCAUUGGCAUCUAUAGAAGAAUUUAAAGAAGCGUGUGGCAGUAAUUUGGAUUUUAUUGUCAUGAAUCCUUUUGAUAAAUCGAAUCGUGUUACAGAUAAGUAUAAGGAUGAGUAUAUAAGAACAGUAGAAACAUUUCGUGAAAUAUAUGGAAUAACACUUCCAGAACCAUCCAUUAUCCCCCAGACCCCACAAGAUAGCUUAAGAAUAUACGAACAAAGCAUGGAGCAACGAUGUAUAGGUAUCUUUCGGCCCUGGGAUAUUGACAACAGAUAUAUAGUGCCAAUGCGACAAGAAAUAUACCGCAUAAUUGAUGAACACUUUUUUUGGGCACCAUAUAUACGAAAUAUUGGAGAACGUGUAGCAAAUUCACUGUGUGAUGGUAAACCAUACAUGGCCUUGCAUUGGAGAAACAGAACCGGAGAACCAUGUCGAUUGAAAGAAAAAAGAUCUGGUAUAGGAAAGACAUUUAUUGGUUACGCAAGCGAAACGAAAUGUCUACAGCGUGCCAGAGAGUUGCAGUUAGUGAAUGAGGUUGCUAGGCGUCUCCCUAGAGAUAUUUCUGCUAUCAUGAAGGAUUAUGGAUUUCCCUGUAUUUACAUUGCAUACCCACCAUACAGUGAGACAAUAAUCGACGUAUUCAACAAAGCCAAAGUACCAGGCAUUCGUACCAUACACGAUAUGAUUAACUCAGGAGACCCGGAUGUACAGAGAUAUAAAGACGAUCAAUACGUGAUGUCUUUAUUGGAACAAGAAAUUUGCAUAAGAGCAAAAGUCUUCAUUCAGCGACGAGAAUCCAACUGGUCAGAAAUAGUAAAGUAUGCAAGAGAUAUCCAAGGAGGUAUCACCAUGGUUCAACAAUUUUUACCAUCGUACACAAAGGUUAGAGAUCGUGAAGGUUUCUCCUUUGACAUAUAGCAUAGAUAAUAUUUAUAUUACAAUAAUUGUAGUUGUAAUUGGUGGACUGUUUUCUGGGUAUUAGUAGAAUAUCGAGGCUGGUUUAACAAGGAGGCACAUUACCAGUAUCCCACCGUUAGUCAAUUGACUUAUGUAGCCAUAGCGAGC